AUGGCUCUUGUUUCUAAAGGUUCUGCUUUUUUGAGGGCCAGUCCGCCACUACUUUCACAAAAAAAUUUCGCUUAUUGGCACGCAGAUUGGAAGCCCAAACCUUUCCCCACCACCCCGGCUGCGCGUGAAGCCGCAGCAAAAAAAUAUGGUCUCCUGCCUGAGGACUACGAGACAUACGAACCUGAUGGGAACUGUCCCGGUGACUAUCCAAAGUUGGAGCCAUUCAAUGAACUCCACCGUGACCCCUAUGAGCACUACGAUUAUGGACAUCUGAAGCGGAACUAUAACGAGCCCAUCCCAUGGUGUUGGGAUUUCUUCGGCCCUAUGGGCUAUGAUAAUUAUCAACAGCAGCUCCGCUACAACGAACCACGUUGGCGAACCUUACUAAAGUUGAUCACUCCAGUACUAAUUGUUUUCCCCCUCUCAUAUUUAGGAGAUAUGUACAAGGUCUUCAAGCCCAUGAUGCCAAAGCAGUAUCCAUUCGACGGUCACGACAACUACACUUUCGAGCCUGCUAAUGAGUGA